UUUUUUUUUUUUUUACAGGUCUUCAUCAAUGGAAAGAAGUUGGAUAUAUCAUACAGCUUCACUGAAAGCAGAGCCAUCAGGCAGUGUACAGACGGCAGCCCAUGUGACCGCAGGCCUUGUCUGCACGGAGGCACCUGUAUGGCCAGUGUUGAGUACGAGUACCAGUGCCUCUGCGCUGAAGGAUACGAGGGUGACCGUUGUGAAAUAGUGAGGGCGAGCUGUCGAGACUCCUCUCAGUGUCAGAACGGUGGCAGCUGUGUGAAUAACCACUGUGUGUGUCCCGCCGGCUACACAGGCCGGAACUGUGAGAAAGGGCAGGAGUCCAGCUUCACCGAGGCGCUGUGGAAUUUGGAGGGUAGUGGGGAAAAUGACUCUCCUGUUGAAUAUUCUGCAUAUUUCCAUGAUAAUGGAUAUCUGGCCCUUCCAAAGCCCAUGUUCCCACGAAGUGCUCCUGACUCUCCAGAAACCAUUGAGUUAGAGAUCAACACUGUCUCUGAAGACGGCCUCAUCUUGUGGCAGGGAGUGGAGCCUGCAGGCGCUCUAAGCCUCCGUAAGAAGCAUGCUAGUAUAAAGGAGCAGGGAGGUCAAGGAAAGGGGAAGGACUUCAUAAGUAUUGGUUUACAAAAUGGACAUCUUGUGUUUAGUUACCAGCUGGGCAGUGGAGAGGCUCAGAUUCUCUCCAGAGAGCCUGUCAAUGAUGGACGGUGGCACAUGAUCACUGCAGUCCGAACGGGUAAGCAGGGCUACCUCCAGAUCGAUGGAGGAUCUGUCCAAAGUGGACAAUCGCAAGGCAAAAGCAUCAUGGUGAACACCAAGGGCAACAUAUACCUGGGUGGCGCUCCAGACAUGAAAGCAUUGACCGGUGGGAAGUACUCAUCAGGUAUCACAGGCUGCGUGAAGAAUCUCUCUCUGAUGAACGCUCGACCGGGAGAACAGCCAGCGCGACCUAUCGACCUGCAGGUCCACGCAGAGGAGGGCAAAAACGUGGAGCGCUGCUUAACAUAGACGCAGUACUAAAACACUAGCAGAGACUACAGAAAAAGACCCCUCAUCCACAAUCACACUGAGACGCUUACAGGACAAACUACAGUCACACUUUAAGAGACACACACUGAUACGUGUUUCUUGGUGCUUCACCGCAACCGAAAAAAAACACACAAGAAAGGAUUCUUUGCUCUGUGCUGCGUUAAACCAAAAAAACGACAAAGAAAAAUUUAUGAUAUUAACAAGUCUUCAUUUUUUCAGUGUUUUAUGCUCAAUGAAGGACUUAUUAACACAGAAGCUCAGUUUACAUACUCCGAACAGUAGCUUUUUAGCCAUGAGAAAAAGAUGACAAAAAAGGUUUAAAAAUAAACGUGAUGAGCCUUCUACGGUGGGUCAGGUCCUAUGAAAACGGAGAGGUUUUUACAGCACUGAAUUUUUAUUUAUAAGCAUAUUAAUCUAUAUAUAUAUUAUAUUUGUGGGGGGAACGCAAGCUAACAAUAACCUGCUCAUUUGUUUUCCUAGCAGUGAUUCUAGGCUCUAAUAAUGCGUGUCUGAGGUUUAGUGCCCGAGCUGUGUUAAUACUUGAAGACUCUGCUGCCUUCUUUUAUUCUGUUUGAGGGCCGGUGGGGGCGAGCAUGCUUAGAUACCAUUAGGAACGGGUCUCUGUGGGGUCACAGCACAGAAGACAUCAAGAAGCAUCUCAGGUGAAGAUUGUUGCUAAAAAAUACAAAUUGGGAGAUCAUAAAUAUAUAUAUAUAUAUAUAUAUAUAUAUAUAUAUAUAUAUAUAUAUAUAUAUAUAUAUAUAUAUAUAUAUAUAUAUAUAUAUAUAUAUAUAUAUAUAUAUAUAUAUAUGGUGUCAACUGCAUAUAUUUGAAUGACAUGCCUUCCAUGCUUGGAAACAUUGCUGUGUCUGGUAAUAUAUAUAAAAAAACAUAUGGUGCUAAAUUCAGACAUAACAAAGGCAACAAAACAAGCACAUAAUCAUAGUUUCAGUUUCUUGUCAGUUUUGCUUCUCUGAAUGGGUUGUAAGAUAUAAAAGCCACAGCUUUACAAUAAAAUAAAACACUGUUUACUGAUUACAAUCCCUCAAGCCAAAGUAUUGAGACUGAGGUUUAUUUUAGAUUAAAAGUGGAUGUGUUAUCUCUAAAUAGUGAAAUAUUUUGACAUUGUGUUUUUGUUUAAUAACUUAAUUAGAAUUAACAUUCUCAUAGUGGAUGACAAAUUUUACAGAAAAUCACAUCAUUGAAAAUCAUUAUUUUUACAGUCUUAUCUAUUUCUCACAGUUUUGCUGUUAACAGCCACGCUAACAUAUUAUUUUGCAUGAUUGAUUUUUACUGAGGUGUCUUUUUCCAUUACAUUCAUAUUCUUUAGGAGUCUUACAGAGUACAUUGAACAAAAGAGGAAAUGUGUGUCAUCUUCAAGGUCCUCCAGAGGGUUAAUGGAGAUCUGAGUCAUCUACAGCAAACCAUGCAGGUUCAUUAUCUCAAUCAGAAUGUACAGGAAGAGAUUCUUUUCUGGUUGUUCUCAUUGCAUAGAGAAAUUAAUGUGAGAACAGACAGAGGAGACAGAAUAGAAGGUCUACAGAGGAAAUACUGCCUAGUGAGAGCCCUCUUUUAUUAGUGCUGUGACUUGGAGCUCUCAUGAACAUGCUCGCCCACAUGGGCCAGACAGGGGUCAAAGGUCACUUUGGUCCCCUUGUGUCUUUUUCACUGUUUUAUAUGACUGAGGCUUGUCUGUUAAUUUUCUUUUAAAAAAGGAGCAUUACUGCUUAAUUAAAGUUGCUUUACUUUUA